AUGGCUUCUGUGGGUUGGGUAUCUGCAACUCGCCAGCCGCGGUCCCCGAGCCGUCCGCAAUCCGUCUCUGCUAGAUUCCCCACAAAGUUCCGAAUCAGGCACAAUCGAACGAGAACUGGCUGCGUGACAUGUCGUCGACGCAAGAAAAAGUGCGACGAAUCUCAUCCAAUCUGCCGUGGCUGUAUCAGAAAUGGCCUGGAUUGUAGCUGGCCGAAGAUUGAUCAGCAACCUGAGAAACGACAUGGCGAGAAAGGAGAGCCUGGUUGUGAAGAUGACAACGAGGAGGCUAACAUCCAAAACCAGCAUCUUUGUUCGUUGGAGUUGUGCAGAGUUUCGCCAUCUCCGUUUCAGGGCAUGACAGCUUUCUCAUGCGAGUCUGGUCGACUUUUCGAGCACUAUCUGACAGAGACUGCUGUCAUGAUCUUUGCUGGCGUGCUGUCUCCAAAUCCCUUCAUAACUUGCGUGCUUCCGCUGGCACUUACAAAUUCGCUGCUUAUGCAUGCUGUUCUCGCCGUCAGCGGCUCUCAUCUAUCAUUCAGGCUUCCAGAGUCUACUAGUCUACAACUGGCGACUCGGAAGCACUAUGUUCAGGUGCUAAGAGGUGUACAGGCACUAAUCGCUGCCGGCACUUCGUCUGUUGACGAUGGCAUUCUUCCCCUGGUAAUUGCCUUGUUGUGUGAGUACGAGGUUCUCUCUUGCUCCCCAAUUAACACCGUGUUUCUGCACCUGAACGCGGCCCGGGACUUGUUGAAUAGCUAUCGAGGCAUCAAUCACAACCCAAAUACGGCCACGGCUGAGGACAUCUCUGACGCCCAAAAUCUGGCGCAUGAAACACUCGCAUACUUCAUCCUCAGCAAUACCAUGCUCCCAUUCUCAGACCCAAGUAAAUGUCCCUGUGAACAGUUCACGUGGCCGCUGUCCGGGCGAGAGGCCUCGUGGUCCCUGUUUGGCGCCGUCUUUGGUGGGAGUUAUUCGCUGUUUCAACUGAUCCCCGAAAUUAAGAAUUUGUACUGCCUCCGUCUUAUCGAAGAGUCUCAAGGGAUAGCUUGUCCUUCUCAAUACUUACGUAUCGCCAAGGAGGACUUGAUCCACUGCAUUGACACAUGGAGCAUGGAUCCUUUACCAGAUAUUGCAUUGGCUGACAACACGACGCAUCUCGAAGCUCGAAUAUUUGACUGGGAACAGAAACAGAAAGCUGCAGAAUGUCUUCGCCAAGCGCUGUACAUCUAUGCCGCUUUAUCCCUGACCGGCUCUUGUCCUCCCUCUCCCAGCCUUAAAGAGGAGGUUCAGUGUAGGAUUGACAACAUCACAAGCCUGGCGACUUACCUACAAGAUUUGCCUUACUCCACAAACCUUUUAUGGGCAGUCGUAAUGGCAGGUUCUUGUAUGGAGGAUAAGCUGCAACAGGACACUCUUAUCGACGGAUUACAACGAUCCAGGUAUCAAAUGAGGCAUCUGCAAAUUGCUCAGAAAUCCCUGCAGCUCCUUUGGGCGGAUGCAACCCCAAAUGCAUAUGGGCCAAACGGUUUACGUCAUGUUAUUGAGAAGCAUGAACUGAGCCUCGUUAUGGUGUAG